CCGAACCAUGACUGCUUCCUCUUCAAGAAGUCUCUCUCUCUCUCCCUCAGCUUGAAAGAUCAAAGGUUGAGUCUUUCUCUCUUGCGAGUCUCUCUGUAUGUGUGUUGAGCUCGUGAAUCAAUCUUAGCCAUCCAAUCAAUCGCCUGCUUUAGCGGAGUAGCUCUUGCUUUUUAACUUUUAUGGAAUCGGUUCAAUCCGCACCGUCUGAGAACUCAAACUCGCCGGCUAUCCCUCCGCCGGUGAGCUCAGUGCCACCCUUUUUGAGCAAAACCUACGACAUGGUUGAUGACCCUUCGACCAAUGAGGUCGUGUCCUGGAGCAGCGGGAACAACAGCUUCGUCGUCUGGAACGUCCCUGAGUUCUCCAAAGUGCUAUUGCCUAAGCAUUUCAAGCACAAUAACUUCUCCAGCUUCGUUAGGCAGUUAAAUACAUACGGAUUCAGAAAAGUUGAUCCAGAUCAAUGGGAAUUUGCAAAUGAAGGAUUUUUAAGAGGCCAAAAGCAACUACUAAAGGGCAUUGUAAGGAGAAAGCCUCAGAAUCAGCAACAAACUCAAGUUCAGAACUCAUCUGUUAGCGCUUGUGUGGAGGUGGGGAAGUUUGGAAUAGAAGAAGAAGUGGAAAGACUCAAGCGUGACAAGAAUGUUCUUAUGCAAGAGCUUGUGAGGCUGAGGCAGCAGCAACAAGCAACGGAACACCAGCUGCAGAACGUGGGACAGAAAGUUCAGGUGAUGGAGCAGAGGCAACAACAAACGAUGUCGUUUCUAGCAAAAGCGGUUCAGAGUCCAGGCUUUUUAAACCAGUUGGUGCAGCAGAAUAAUGAUGGCAAUAAGCAUAUUCAGGGAAGCAACAAGAAGAGGAGACUUCCUGGAGAUGAAGAGGAGAGUUGUGGAGAGCUUAACCGUCAGAUUGUUAAGUACCAGCCGUCUAUAAACGAAGCAGCACAAACUAUGCUUAGACAGGUCUUAAAUAGAAGUAGCUCACCGGUUUCAAACAAUCCUGAGAGUUUCCUCUUGAGUGAUGCUCCCAGUUCUAACUCUCCAAACUCAGCUCACUCAGCAAUGAAUCAAGUACACGAGGCAGGUUUGGUGGAUCAUCUUCAAGCUGGUCCAAGUCCAAGCCAAGGAGGAGUAGCAGCUGCAGCUUCUUGGAGCCCUGAAUCUGAGUUAGUUGGACUGGAGACAGGUGAUGGAGUGUGUUUCGAUCCAAUAAUGGCUGCUUUAGGUGGCUCGCUGGAAAUAGAAAGCGAUGAAGUUUCUCCUGUAGGUGAGGGAGAGAUGACUGAGUUACAGAACGAGGCCCCGAAGCUGCCAGGAGUCCAAGAUUCAUUCUGGGAACAGUUCUUUGCUGAUGAAACCGCGGUGAUUGGUGAAGGAGACGUCAUUAUUUCAGAAGCAGUGGAGAACUGUGAGAUGGUAAUGGAGCAAGAACCGAAGGAGUGGAAGCAACAAGAAAUGAACCAUCUUACUGAACAAAUGGAACUUCUUUCUUCAGAAGCACAGAGGAAAUGAAGGUAAGAACAUGAGGAAGUUAUAUGCAUUGUUGUUAUUUCCUGUAGAUGUUGAUCUUCAGAGGAGACUAUCAUUACCACUAUGCUUGUGAAUAAUCAAAUCUUUGAGUGGAUAUUUUGCUCUGCCUUUGUUUCUAAUACAUGUUACUUUUGAGUGAAAACAUCAUCCGUAUCACUAGUGGUAAGAUGGAUUACUACAUAAAGGAUUCACA